AUGGUUAAUUCCGAGGCGAUUACUCUCAGUCAACAAAUUGCGGUGCACUCGCUGAGCCCGGGGUGCUUCGCUUCAGUAUGCCAUCCAGCUAGGCUGGGGUCCCUGACCUCAACCGCCUUUGGUGGAAGUUCUCUGGCAAUUGCAAUCAGCGCCGCAUUUCAACAAUCUCGCCGAGACUUUCACCUCUAUUCUAUCGCUGGUUACUUUAUUCGACCCGCGAAUACCGAUCGCAAGCUUUUCUGUCAGAUUGAGAACGUGAGAAAGAGCAAAAGCUUCGAGACAAGAGAGAUUCGCCUUACCCAAGAAGAUGAACAUGGAAUUCGCAAGAUCUGUCUCAUCGCGUUAGCUGACUUUCAUAUCGUGGAGCCCAGGUCCAUGGUAAGCUUCGCUACAGCCCCCGAGCUGAUCACCUUGCCUGAAACCACCAGUGAGCAGCCUCUGAAAGGCCCUUCUCAAGCCUCCUGUUCUGGCAUCGAUCUUUACCAGGAUAUCGAGAAGUUUAUUGAAAUGAAACCGCUUUCCCCUGGUCACGGUCUAUUCCAUUCACCAAUACAUAAACAGGGGAUGCUCACAAGCAAUCUCCCGCCACCCUUCCCCUGGCCGAUUCAUGCAGAAAGGUUUCGAGCUCGCAGUCCUCUAUUCGGUGAAGCAGAGCAGAUAUCUGCUCUUGCAUUCUAUAUGGAUAAAGGUCUCGCAUACAUCCCUGCCUUACAUCACGGGUAUCAUCCGUCCGAAGCGGACGCUUGUGCAAGCUUGGACUUUUCUCUCCGUUUUUUUGAACAUGGGCUAAAUCUCGAAGAAUGGCAUUACACAGAACAAAAGGGUUUUGUCGCGAAUCAUGCAAGAGUCUACAGCGAGGGACGGGUAUGGGACUCGAAGGGUCGACUUUUGGCAAGCAUGACCCAGCAGACUAUUCUGCGCCCGAAUCCACGGAUAAAGUCUCGAUUUUAG